CUGCGCUGGAAAGAAAAGGUUCCGUUUGCUAAGAAGCCGGUUUAGCGAUGAAUACCAAGGCUCUGGGGUCGCAGCUCAAGGACAGUAUCCCGAUCGGUGAGCUUUCCACGCACUAUGGAGGAUACGGGAUCCAAGAUACUCUCCGUACUGGCUUUACAAGUGUGCAAAGUGAGCUCAUGCCAAGCCACCCUCUGGAGCUCUCUGAGAAAAACUUUCAGAUAAACCAAGAGAAGGUGAAUUUCUCCACAGUUAGAAAUAUCCAAGGGCUGCACGCUCCAUUAAAACUGCACAUGGAGUUUAAAGCAGUCAAACAGGUCCAGCGUCUCCCAUUCCUUCCCAUUUCCAACAUUGCCUUGGAUACGUUGAGGGGAACUGACGAGUGCAUUAGCUUUGAGGAUAUACUCAAUGAUCCCUCACAAAGCGAGCUGAUGGGAGAGCCGCACUUGAUGAUGGAAUAUAAACUGGGGUUAUUGUAACAUGUUUGUGGGUGAGGGGUAAUAACGUUUUUGUAAAUAAAUAAGAAACUGGGGGUUUGUACCUCGGUCAGGGUACAGUUUAGAAAGCACAUUUCUUCAGUUUCCACAAACAAUAAAAACUUGUUUAUUAACGGGC